GUGCAGUACAAAGGCGACGAAACGUGGCACCUGUGUCCUGCGGAUCAAUCCCUUGAACUUGCACAAAAAGGUGUGUUCAGCAGCGGCAGUAUUAUCUGCCCAGCGAAGGAGGAAGUUUGCACGAGUCUCAAAGGAGCUGUGCUCCCAGUCGAAAAUGAGACAGAUGUUCUCAAGGAGAAUGAAAAUGACGACAUUGCACCAAUUGCAGAUGCUAAUCCUGUCACUGUUGAUGAGGUUCACAACACUCCCAAUGAUGGGAGCACUGGCAAAGACGGUACUUUGACCGUCAACUCUGGCACUUCAAGUGGUAACCGACAACAAGAGAGCACACGUACUGAAACCAACAGCGGUGAAAGAAACAACAACCAAAACAAUGACAGCUCCAUGACACCCCAGGAAAGCAGAAAUACGAAUACCAGCGAUGGUGAAAGAGGAAACACAGAAAACAACAGCAGCACCACUACCACCCAAGAGAGCGGAAAUACGAAUACCAGCGAUGGUGAAAGAGGAAACACCCAAGUCAACGGCAGCCCCAUUACCACCCAGGACGAUAAAAAUACGAAUACCAACAGCCGUGUAAGAAGAAACGCCAAUGAAGACGGCAGCUCCAUUCCCAUCCAGGACAGCAGAAAUACGAAUNUAUACACAUACUUCACAAUUUUUGGAAGGAGAUGCAUUAACAGAUAA